AUCUCUGGGGGGAAGGGAGUGGAGCUGCUGGUUGCUGUGCCCCGCACAAAGAUGGUGGAGGAGAGGGGCGGGAGAGCGGCAUCGGCGCGCUGUCCGGUCCCGGGUGCUUCAAGGCUUCAACAUGUCUCACACGAUUUUGCUAGUUCAGCCCACCAAGAGGCCUGAAGGGAGAACAUAUGCUGAUUAUGAGUCAGUAAAUGAAUGUAUGGAAGGUGUUUGUAAAAUGUAUGAAGAGCAUUUGAAGCGAAUGAACCCAAACAGUCCAUCCAUCACAUAUGAUAUAAGUCAGCUCUUUGAUUUCAUCGAUGAUUUGGCUGACCUCAGUUGCCUUGUUUAUCGAGCAGAUACUCAGACAUACCAACCCUACAACAAGGACUGGAUCAAGGAGAAAAUUUAUGUCCUGCUGCGAAGACAGGCCCAGCAAUCAGGAAAAUAAGUGGAGCCCAGUCCCUGUGUUGAAAUGAGCUGGUGCAGGUGGUUAUACAGAAAGCACAUCUGGAGUACACAGAGCUGUGAGCCCUCACUCUACAGGAGACUUGAACAGUGUUGCACAGCAUCAGAAUACACCUUUAGUGAAUAAAAAUCCUACUUUUCAUACUGACCUGUAGUAGAUGUUAGACGGUGGUUUCAAGUGCAGUUUUGAAUUUUCAGUGACCAUUGCAAGCAGCAUAUAAUGACAUACUCUGCAUUUAGUUAGUGGAUACCUCGAAGGCUUGCUUUUGGAUGCCUCGUCUUAACUUGCUGCUACUGUGUUUCCAGUCCAUGGUGUUUUGUUGUAAACAAACAGAGUAAAGCAAUUUGCACUGGCAUUUUGGAAGAAGUGCAUGAAAUAACAUAGGUUGAAGGGUUCUGUAUGCUGUGUAGUGUAAUUAAUGCAACUUUUGUAAAGUUUGAGCAAUAAAACUUGAUGUUGUACCUUCA